CUGCCGGUAUUUUGCGCCAAACAAUCAGAGCUCGAAACGUUGCAAAGUGUCGAGAUCGUGAUCUCACAGACGAGCUGAAUGGCGGGGAUCACAACCCCGCUGGCAUCUACCAAGUAGUCCGUGCGCACCGCUUAAGCUCACCAGAUGAACCCUUGCCCAGAUGCAAGUGCCGCCCUUGUCAGUGACAGCAUCGCUGCUGAGCUACGUCAUUGGCGCAAAUGUCGGGAGCGGUCACGUUCAUCCCAUGUUUCAACAGCCCAUUUCGGAGGGCUUUUUUUGAACACUUCUUCCACCGGCCCAGACGACGACCCCAACUGCAUUCUCUCUGCUUGGCUUCAAACCUCUUCGCAAACCUUUGUUGGAUAUUUUUCUGGACCACAGGGGAUCCACCAUUCCCGCCAGUUGUCCCCGCCGAUCAAAGCAGCCACUUGCCUGCUCGCGAACUAUCGUCGCGCCGGCUCGUCUUGGCAAAAAGAUCUCUUCUUGUUGUGUUUUUUUCUGCUGUUGUGAUCCCGACCUCCUCUCACGCCGUCGCCUGAUCACGCAGACGGAACACUUAGAAUAAAACGUGCAGACCGUCCGCUCGUCUUUGCAACUCUAUUUUCUCGCCACGAACCAAAAACCACACGACAUACAAGUGGCUGAUACGACAAAAUGGCGAUUGGGAAUUUCACGCUGAGCUAUAUGCUCUUCACAAUCCUCCACUUCUGCCAGUUUGUCCUCGCCAUUGCCGUCUGCGCUCUCUAUGGCGUCGAACUGGACCGCGCCCGUAAGGCGAACGUGAGCGGUGAUUCCAAAUGGAUCUACGCAGAAGUAGUAGGCGGCCUCUCCGCCCUGACAGCCCUCCUCUACUGCAUCCCCUACAUCCUCCGCUUCGCCGCCAUCUGGGUCUGGAACCUCGUGCUCUUCAUCCUCUGGAUCGUCCUCUUUGGCAUCUUUGGCAAAAUGUACAUCAAUGAGAACCCAGAGGGCAACCACGACAUUGUGCGCAUGCGGAGCGCCGUCUGGAUCGUCCUUGUCAACGCCAUCCUCUGGCUCGUCAGCUUCAUCGCCAACCUGACCUACUGGUGGAUGCACAAGGAGAGGAGGAGCAGGUUUACCAGCCGGGCCAAGGUUUAGGAGGCAUGGUUGGAUAGGGAGAAGGGUGUUUGGAGGUGAUUUCGGCAAGUUGGAAAGGAGCCCGGAGUCAUCAAGGGGGCAAUGUUGGCUUUGUGGACCACAUGUUGGAAGAGGGAUCAUGGUGAAUUGUCCUGUCUGGGUGUUCACAUCGUGGUAAGCGCGCAACUUUUGACGGAAUUGGUACGCGAGAGCGUGAUGGAUUAGGGGUAGGAAUGGAUGGUAAUGAUGGUUUCUGGGUAAAACGAUACGAUACCCCUCUUGGUUGGAACGCGACGACCCGAUAUCCUGUUGAAUAUUUUUAAUAAUGUAAUUUUUCCAUGUUUUCCAGUCUGGGCAACGGUAAUAAUAAUGUUUCUAUCUGAUGGUUGGAGGAAGACAGUGAAGUUUGGGUUGUAGUCUACUUACACAGCGGUAACAAACUUACCAGGCCACGCAACGGUGUAGCUUCGCGCCAUGCAAACAAACGGCCAGCCCCCGAGAUGCUCCCGGUCCACGCGUCUACUGGGGUGACAAGAUCGGAGAGAUUUCGUUCCAUGUCAUCUUGUGAUCUCCCUCAACCUGUCCCUGGGAGGUAGGUAGAUGUAUGACGAGAUACAUUUGUCGAUCUCCUUCCCACCGGCUAGCCCUCAUCUCGGGGGCCAACAGAUGAAACCAACUCUGACAGGAUGAAAAUUCUGUGGAGUUUUUCAUGCCGAUGCCAUCUCCUCGUACCGACCAUGACCAUGAAGGUCGCUGACUUCUUUGAUGCGCAGGGUAGGCUCGCUGCCGUCCGGAUCUCACGAUCCUCGCUUAUCGCUCGGCACCUGGCCGACCACCAGGCAGGGGGCAGAACGGAGAUAUAAAUAAUCCCUCCCCAAUCGAUGGUGACGUCACCGAUACUGCGAAAGAGUUUCAUCGCCAGACAUUAGAGAUGUUUUUAACUGAAUCUGCUCGGGGAAUGUUGCUGUGUUGAGAGGACUGAGACCUCUGUCUUAGAAUACCUGGCAGUUAGUCUCAGUCACUAUUAUUUCCACACGGAAAACGUUCACCACAACCGCUGUCAGCCAGGCAACUUUUCUUGCGAGUCGGAGAGCGGGGACACGCUCCACAACUCCGACUUGGGAACCUUUCCUGGCAAGAAAAGUACCCGUACAUACCGACAAAAAAAAAGAAAGACCGCCCAGGCAGCUUGCCGUCAACGGGGUACCGUGUAACGCACCAGGAGAUAGAUCAACAACAGAAGCGAGCAACCGUCCGGCGGCUAAGCCCUCGACGGUAGGGUCGCCAGCGGCGCGGGGCCUUUCCGAACCAGCGAGCAAGACAUAUGUGAACGCUCAAAUGGAGAGAAAAGAAAAAAAAGGGUGGAAGAAAUGUAGAGGAUCCACGAGAGAUCGGCAAUGCACCGCCCGUUGGGUUGCUAGACAGAGAUAACCAACCCGCUCGGAUCGAACCAUUAUGACCAGAUCACUUCCAGGAUACCUGGCUGGAACCCCCGCGUGUGAUGUCUCCCCGGUGCCGGGCCUCGCAUUCGGAAGCGGCGCCCAUCAACCGGCGAGGUUUGGUCCUGACCGUGGUGUUGAGACCGUUCACCAUGGCUAACCACUGCGCCGGGUCCAGGUUUGCGAGACCAGCUACUCCUGUGAAGUUGUCGGUCCCAUGUACAACAACUGGACAGGAAGACUCGCAUGGAAGCUCGCAUUCCAUAUUCCCAAGGAACGGGUUUCCCUUCUGCUUCCGGACUAGCAAUGCCGAUUACCCAUGGGCCUUGCAUCAAAGAGAGGAGCCCACGGAGCCUUACCGCUUGGCGGACACUCGACCAGGCGCCGGGCAUUUACCACUUGGCGAUGGAUGCGGCUGUCCACACAUGUAUCAGACUGUUCCCACCAAGCGCAUUCGCGCCUAAAAGCCGCUAUCUCAGCGCUUGCUUGAUAGACCCUUCUUUGGUCGCUAUGAGCGAUAUUAUACGGCAUAUGCAGCCGGCCACAAUAGGGAAUGUAGCAGUAUUCGUUCCCGGCCAAAUGUUGGAUGGCAUGGCUGCACGUCUUGUUGAAGUUGCGUACCCCACCCCUCCUUCACAAUGUUCGCAGCGAUCAAGCUGUCGUCAGCCCUCUUCCCCUAAGGGCAAGGGAGUCACAUUGCGUGUCCUCACGGUCUGGAAUUGGUGAACUGGCAUAGAUAGUAAGGUCGGAACGCAUCUGUAGUGCAGGCAAAUUCUUAUGAAAAUGGCUUGGAUAUGCGCUGAUAGCCUGAUGGCAUUUUCAAUGAAGAAGCGCCACAUCCGCUCUGGGGAGGAUCGUCAGUCAUCUCCACCUGGACACAGACAACAAGAAAAAAGAAAGAGGCGACAGAAGGAACAUUCGUUCCGUUUUGGACUGCGUUAGCGUGCUGUGGGGUUAUGGCCAUGGGAUUUUGCGAGAUAUCCAUCCCUGACUACAGCAUCGUAUUUCAGCGUGAUGUGAGAGGCCCGAUGUAGGUGAUCGGAUACAUAGACUUCCUGCGUCGAUAUAAGACGUAGGAUUGUGUUCUUGCACCCUGUCUUUUGCUCCACGUAGAGGCAAUGGUGGGCGUGACGUUAUAACUGCGAUAUAGCCCCAUCACCGCAACCCAGGUGUCCCACACACACACGAGGCGGCCCGGACGGACCCUGGCUCCC